AUGGCAGCUACUCCCUUAUCAUCGUCGGCGCUCUAUCCUUGGGAGCCGGUUGGAAGGUGGUCGGUCAUACUCACGGUUCCGAAGGAGGUCGCGAACAACGAAACCAUGGCCAUGGGCGUAUACAACAUCAACAAUACGGACAGUUCAAAGUUGUACACAGGUCUACGCCCCAAUGCUGGCCGGCCCGCCACCAACAAGACAUGGCCUGCUGAUUGGUACUGGUUCAACAUUUCCGAGAGCGCCGACGACCUUGUGUUCUGGCGCAACAACCCCGUUGAGCCCGGCCCAGGAUACUAUGUUGCGCUCAAGUCGGACCCUUUGUCCGGUGUCAACCAAACCAGUAUGUCGACCCCUGCCAAUACUUAUUGGAACUACUGCUGA